GCUGAAUUUGCGAAAUGAUAGUAUAAAAUGUGUGCGGACGUGAGGCAAGUCACAGUUUCCGCACUCCACACCAUGAGGGCUGUCUACCUCCUGCUCUGCGUCGCUCUGGCCCACCACGCCGCCGCCAGCAUCUUCCGCCACCAGCUGCGGCCUCGCACCGACAGCCUCGUCAUCCAGCCGCUGGACUACGUCGACCAGCACCAUGCCAAGGAGAUGAAGAUCCGCCUCCGACGACCGGACUCCUCCGAGGAAUCCAAGGAACGCAUCUACGACGACCUGAGCGACUACGCAACUCUCCGAUCCGGCAGGAACUGGAACUCCCCGCUGUUCUCCGUCCUAGCGCAGGGUGAAGCUAUACCUUACGGCGACGUCAUCGAAUGGCACGGCGUCGAAAUUGCCACCGGACCGAAGUCGCCCGUCAACAACAAGAAGGAUAUCGAGAGGAUCUUCAAUCACGCCUACAAAGUCAUGAAACACAUGACCGAGGAAGAUAAGAAGAAGAUCCACGAGGCCUUCGCAACCACUGCCCUCGCCGCCAACGAAGACGUCCACCUGAAUGCAACGCAACUGAUCAAGAAACACGGCUACGGAGUAGAGGAACACGUCGUCAAAACAGAUGACGGCUACUUGCUCACUCUGUUCCGCAUCCAGCCGAGACAAGCGCUUGUAGAAGACCAGCGCCCCGUCGUCUUCCUCAUGCACGGAUUCUUAGGCAGCGCUGACGAAUGGCUGCUGUCGGGCCCGGAGAAGUCACUCGCCUACCUCCUGACGGAGGCCGGAUACGACGUAUGGCUCGGCAACGUCCGCGGAACCAAGUACUCCCGCCGUCACGUCAGCAAACACGCAUCUCACCCCGACUUCUGGCACUUCAGCAUCGACGAAAUCGCCCUCCACGAUUUACCCGCCAUGAUCGACCACACGCUAAAAACGUCGGGACAGAAGAAGUUGCACUACGUGGGAUACUCUCAAGGCUCCACCGUGUUCUUCGCUUGGGCGGCGACGGUGCCCGAGACCGGCGACAAAAUCUUAUCGAUGCACGCGCUAGCGCCGAUGGUCUACAUGACGAACGUUCGCAGCCCUCCGAUGCGGAUGAUCGCCCCCGGCAGCCACUUCUACGAGCGCAUCAUCGAGGAACUCGGAGACGGGGAGUACAAACCCAGCAAGGAGCUGGUCCACACGAUCGGAGGAAGCAUGUGCGAGAAGGUAAUCGGAUGCGAGCACAUCUGCUCGAACGAGAACUUCGUAACGGCCGGCCCCGACACCGCCGGCAUGGACGCUGACGUCAUCCCCGUGAUCGUGAGCCACUUACCCGCCGGAGCGUCAGCGAGACAGGUCAAGCAGUUCGGUCAGGGCGUGUCGUCACAGGAAUUCAGGAAGUACGACUACGGUGUCGACAUCAAUAAGAUGGUGUACGGUCACCCGCAGCCGCCAGCGUACAACAUGACCGAAGUGAAAGUCCCAGUGACCCUUUACUACAGCGAAGAGGACUGGCUGGUGCAUCCGAAGGACGUGGAAAGGCUGCAGAAAGAGUUGCCCGACGUGCGAGGAACAUACAAAGUGUCCGAGAAACAUUUCAGCCACAUGGACUUCCAGUUCUCCAAUAAAGCUCCAGAGGUUGUAUACAAGAAGCUGGUAGAAUCCCUCCAGACAACCAAACCUCUUAGCUUGUAAUAAUAAUUACUGAUUAGAUGUUAGUAGCGUAAUGUAUUUGUAUUAGUACUAUUGUAAUUUAUCCGUUUGUUAUAUUGUCCGUCCAUCUAAAUAAUAAAGACGAAAUUCAUGCUU